AUGUGGGACGACGAGGAUAACAAUCCGUACGGGUCCUUUGCCCGCCAUGAUUCCAAUACCUCCGAUGUGACUGGGCUAGCCUCCCCUGCUGCCUUACCCUAUCGACCGGCAACGCCGCCCUCCGAGGCCUCGUCCCCCGCGCAGGAUUCGCCCGAAUAUGUCGCGCAGAGAGACAUGAGCGAUAUCGACUACGACGAGGACCAGCAGAGCGAAGAGCCUGUUGCGCCCAAGAAAGGGGGCUACGACGCGCGCGUGGAGCAAUGGCUGUACGAGAACCCAGGGCAGCUUAUCCUCAUCACCGAGGCAGGGAAAGACAACGUCAACUUCAUACAAUACACAAUCAGCUGCGGCGGCCUCGAAGUAAAGCGCAGGUACUCCGAGUUCGCUUCGUUACGAGCGACGCUGGUCAGCCUGCACCCAACCCUCAUCAUACCUCCGAUCCCCGAGAAGCAUUCCAUGGCAGACUACGCUGCACGGCCGACAAAAGCAAAGGAGGAUGCUGGCAUCAUAGAGCUGAGGAAGCGCAUGCUGGCAGUCUUCCUCAACCGAUGUAGGGCUAUGAAGGAAGUCAUGGAGGACGGUGUCUUCUGGCGAUUCCUCGACCCACACACGAGCUGGAACGAGGUACUGAGCAGUGCGCCGGUCGCCAACAUCCCCAAGCAGAUCCUGAAAGCACCGCCGCUGGAUACCGCGAACCCCAGUCAAGCGCACAGCUAUCUCCCUGUCCCAUCCUCAUCUGCCAAGCUGAAGUCUUCCGGUCCUACAUCCAGCUCUGGUACGCCCACAUCACCACCGAGUCACGCCGCCCUCCCUUCGGCCGCUGCGCAUACAACACCUGGGCCACAGGUCUUUGGACGAUUCCCUCCAGAGUCGCGCGAUUUGUCAGAAGAGGAGCUGGAUCCAUACUUUGUCAACUUCGAGCAAUCAUCAAAAGAGCUGGAACAUCUGCUGCAAGGGCCAAUGGAGAAGGUCAACAGGCGAUUGCUCACCCACUUGUCGGCCUGGGGCGACGAUAUGGCAGAUCUGGGCGCGCGCUUCAAUGCCUUCUCGCUAUCGGAACAGUCACAAUCGCUUGCCGCCGCGAUAGAAAAGACUGGGCAGGCGGUCGACUCUACCUACGUGUCCACGACCGAGUUAUCCUCUUCCCUCAGCGCAAGUUUCGCCGAACCCAUGCGCGAAAGCGCACAGUUUGCUGGGGUCGUUCGAGCUGUCUUGAAAUACCGCAUCCUGAAGCGGAUACAAGAAGACAUGACCAAAGACGAACUCGAGAAGAAGCGGAACCUCCUUGAAUCUCUCGAGCGCAGCGAAGCAGAAUCCAAGCGCCUUGAGCAGCACCUCAGCGGCGUCGGCCACCAACCCCCUACACGGAGUCGUGCAACUUCGCACAGCUCGCAACGCAGCGACAACUCCGAGCCCAGGCGAAGCGCAGAGGUUGACCGGGCGUCAAUCGAUUCGGAUUUCCCGCCUACGCAUGGCGAUGGAUCACCGCCGUCGAGUCACCAAGGAGCACCAGAUAGCCCGGACCUCAACUCGCACCCAGGCAGCUUGCACAAGAAGACAGCCAGUGGGAACUUUGUCACAAACAAGCUAUUUGGCUCCAUCACACAUGCAUUCCGAGGUAUGGCGGAUGUCGAUCCAGAGAAGACCAGGCGGGAUCAGAUCGGCAAGACGAGAGACAGUCUGGUGCAGCUCGAGCAAGCCCUGGGCGUCGCAGAAAAAGACACCAAAGACGCCAGCUCCGGCGUCAUGAAAGACCUCCGCCGAUUCCAGGAAGAAAAGGAAAACGACUUGCGCCGCUACAUGAUGGAAUUCGCACAGUGCCACAUCGACUGGGCGAAACGCAACAAAGCGGCUUGGGAGGAAGCAAGGGCCGAAGCCAAUAAUAUCCAGCACCCGGCGGACGAGUAUCCGCGGACUGCAAACGACGUGUAG